UUUUGUGAUACCAGAAGAUACAUAAUUUUUGGAAUAUCUGGUAAACAAAUUAACAAGUGCUAAUUGGAACAAUGAUAGAAGGCCAAGAUAAUGAUACAAAACUGUUACUGGUAACAGCAAAUGUUGGAAGUUUGUUUGAAGAUCCAGAAAGAUUACUUUCAAUAUGGCUGAAGGAGUUUAUUUCCUACGUAUCCGAAAUAGGCCCGAGAUUUUUGGCACUACAUCUUCAAGAAGUGGGCGGAAAGACAUAUGAGAAUUCAAUGGACCAUGUUCAAGAUUUUAUUCGACGUUUAUGUGAGUCCAGUGCCUUUUCUGAUUACAUAUAUGUACGCAUUUAUAUGGAUGAAGAUUUUAAGUCUGCAGAGAACUUUACAGCACUUGGCAAUAUUUAUUUCGCCCAUAAGGACUUAAAUAGUUUAAGACUCUGGAAUUUUCUAACUCAUGACUGGGAGAAUAAGCUUGACGAAAGAAAACUCAUUUUCACUGGAAAUAUUGAAACUAUUUCAACCAAGGAGAAAGCAAAAUUUCCACAAAAUUUUUUCCCCGAAUGUAAAUGGUCUCGAAAAGGAUUUAUGCGAACUCGUUGGGAAGUCAAUGGCACUGUAAUUGAUCUGGUCAACAUACAUUUAUUUCAUGAUGCAUCUAACUUGGCUGCAUGUGAAGAUUUUCCUUCUGUUUAUUGUAAAACAAGGAGAAGAGCUUUAGUACACACUGUUGAAAGGUUCCAUUUGGAUAAUAAAAACGGAUCAGUUCCAUUUUUUUUAUUUGGAGAUUUUAAUUUUAGAUGUGACACUGCUGGAGUUGUGAAAGAACUAACUAAGGACUUAACUGUGCAUCGCGUCCAAAAUAUUAAAAAUGAGAGUACUAAAAUUCACUAUCGCAACACUAUUGGAAACAAUAUACUUACCGUUGGCAAAAAGGAAUUUAGCCAUGCAGAUCAUCAACUUAAAUUCAAGGAAUUCUGGUUAAAAAAAUUUGACAGGGAAUUGGAACCACUAAUAGAAAUUUUAUCUGAGUAUCCAAUAAAUUUUAUUCCAUCGUACCCUUUUGAAGAAGAUCCCGAAAUGCCAACCGAUUACAUGUCCACUCGAUGCCCCUCUUGGUGUGAUCGCAUAUUGAUGAGUCCACAAAUGAAAGAAAUAAUAAGUAAUAAUGGUUGGAAAUAUGAUAUGAUAGGAGAAUCUGUUUGCAUGGGUGACCACAAGCCAAUUUACUUAACUGUUCAUCUAAGGUCCAACAAAGGUACUUAUAGCUUAUGUGAUUGCAGUAAUUUAAAUUUUUAUGCAAAUAACAACAACAGUUUAACAUCACCUGGUAAACGCAAAUGUUGUCACUAUUCAUUUAAACUAUAUACUGAUAUAUUAAAUGAAAGUAAAAAACAAAGCUGUAGAAUUAUACAAAAUGAAUCUCGCGUAGAACUUCCGUUAAGCUACCCAAACGAAUCUAACAGCAAAAUUCUUCAAACCGAGACUUCUCAGGCCUUGUUAUCAACAAGUCACCCAACCAUCAGUAUCAAUAUAAUUGACUCUGACAAUAUAUUCGUUUGUAUGUGCACGUCUACGUUCAGUACUAAUCGGAAUUAUGGAUAUACGGAAGGAACAAUUUGUCCAAUGUGCAAUAAUAUAAUUAAAUUGCAGCCUCUUAAUUAUCGGUACAAAUUAAUAUCUAAUAGUGUUGUACUAUCUGAUAAUAUAAUAGUGAAUCGGAUCGACACUCAGUUUCUAAACACAUCAAUAGAAACUUCACUAUUUGAUCCAUACACGCCAGAGAGUAAUGAGUCACAUUCUCCAUAUCCCGAGCUAAGAAGCACAUCAACAACCGCUUCAAGUAAUUGCUCAAAUAUUUAUAGUUCCGAGCUGCUGAUAGAUAACACAGAAAAAAUUCAAAGUAGCGUAUAUAUUAAAAGUAAACUUGGAGAUGAUCCUCAACACUCUACACGAACUAAAAAACAAGAUGAGGAAAUGUGUGCCGGAGUACAGUCCAGCAAAAAGAGUACAUCAAGAGGUGCUGUUACACCUGUUCAGUUAAAGUCUCGAUUGGAAGACCUACAAAAAAUAUCAUUGUAUACCUCAGAAAGAGAUAGCAUUUCGCUUGAGAAGAGUGAUGUUGGCAAUGUUGAAGAUAUUUGCACAUCAAAAGCUGUAUCAAAAAGUCAAAAUCGCAAAUCAAAUAUUUUUUCUCAGUGUUGUUGUAUUCACUAAUUGUUUGGUUAAUAAG